AUGGUCGUGUGGCACGACAUCUGCACCGGCAAGCCGCUCGAGGCGCCGCGGCAUGUGUACUGGGACGCAUUUGCGGACACCAAGGGCACAGAUGCGGAUCCGAAGCACGUCGCUGCGCUCGCCCGGCAGCUUGCUGCGGUAGGCAAGCCGGCGGAUGACGAAGUCCUGCCGUACCUUCGCGCCUUGCACUAUGUGUCGCGGGAUAAGAGUGCGUGCGAGCACUUGGAUAGCGAGUCGUUCUUCCAAAGCCUGUUUCCGUAUGCGUCCGCUGUCAACCUCGCGCGACGCGACCAGGUCGCGUACGAGGCGUUCUGCACGCUGAGCAACAUGCUGAUUCACUUCCAGUCGCACGUCCAACUCUUUUCGCGGACGUACUUGGACUCGCUGUUCGACCAGCUGGACUCGAGUGAUUUUGAGCCGACGGAAGAAGAAUACGCGGAUGAGCAGGGCCCCUAUUCGCUGCUGUGCCUAUGUCUCGUGUAUUGCACCAUAGGUGACUACUUUAUCGGGACGAACAUGCUCACGACGCUGCAGUUCCGCACGUACCUGGACCACCACAUCGCCAAAUACCUUCCGCCGCGCGAUACGCCCACGAGCUCAUGGAAGCCGCCGAACUUUUUCGUGUUCCUGCUCGCGACGGCUGUGAACAUGGUGCGGAAACAGAACGAGUACAUGCACUCGUUUUUCCUGCCGGCCCUGUAUGCGUUCCACGCCAUGGCGGUCGGCUCGCCAUGCAUGCUCACGCCGCCUCUGAUGUAUGCGCUCACGCUCUUGGUCCUCGUGCGCCCGUAUGUGCCUGAGGAAGAAAAGGGCCGCACGCCGCCGCUCGUCGAGAUCACGGACAAGCUCGCGCACAUCACGGCGUCGUUGAUCGAGCGGUACGUGUGCGACUCUGAGGAAGAAAGCGACCGGCUCUUGGCGCAGGACGGUGUGCAGGGCCAUUUGGAAGGCCUGCUGUCCCCGUGCAUUGCGUACCUCUCGACGCUCGUGGGCAUCUUACCAGACUUGAUCGAUGUCGCGGAACAGCGCUUCUUUGAGAAGCAGGGCGACGAAGAGCGCCCGACGAAGCCGCGCUCGCCCAAGUUCAGUCAGUUCCUCUGCUCUGCCGCCUAUCCCAUGCUGGGCAGGUACUUUGGCGACGUGAUGCUGCUGCUGAGUGACGGUAAUACGGACUUUUUGCUGAAGCGAUUCGAUAUACAAACGUGUGCGGCUGUGAUCAGCGACCAGUACUCGCGCAUGCAGUCUACGGUCAAGGACCUCCGAGGCAAAGAGGGCGACAAGCCCCUCGCGGAGGUCACCGUGCACGAGGCAGGCGAGCAGGUGCCUGGCUCCCUGUCGCUCGAGGAGCUCGUUGAAGGUAUCCGGGAGCUCGAGCAGGAGGGCAAGACGCUGCUCGACGCCCACGAGGAAGAUCUGAAGGAGGACAGAGUCGACGACGACCUGCAAAACAGGAUCCUCGAGCUCCAACAAAAGGACACAUUGUCCGAGGACGAAGAAAAAGAGCUGGACGUCCUGACCCACUUGAAAGAGGCCCUCGACGCCGAACUUCACCGUAGGAUCGAGUCGUGA